AUGACACAAAGCAAACAUGAAUCGAUUCCCCUCGGGGCGUACCUCUUCACCCGUCUCAAGCAGCUCGGCAUUGGUUCCGUCUUCGGCGUCCCUGGCGACUAUAACCUGAAACUCCUCGACUACGUCAAACCGGCCGGUCUGCACUGGAUAGGCAACUGCAAUGAACUCAACGCCGCAUAUGCGGCAGAUGGCUACUCUCGCAUGCACAGUCUAGGUGUAGUCAUCACAACCUUUGGCGUAGGUGAACUAUCGGCUAUCAAUGCCAUUGCUGGUGCCUAUGCCGAACGGGCACCGGUGCUUCACAUUGUUGGCGCGCCGUCCCGAGCUACUCAGAGCGCAAGAUUGAAUGUCCACCAUACUUUCUUGGAUGGUGAGUACAAGAGGUUUGCUGCCAUGCAUGCACUUGUUACUGCUGCACAGGUCUGUUUGACAGAUGUCAUGAGCGCUGCGGGGAGAAUUGAUUGGAUCAUCGAACAAGUCAUGGUUCACCAAAGGCCCGUGUAUCUUCAGAUUCCUGACGAUAUGGUUCAAUUGCCCAUCUCGACAAGUAACUUUGAUGUGAAAAGUGUUAUUAGCCCGUCACCGGUGACUACGGAGAUUGAUACCGGGAGCAUUGAUAAGAUAUUGGACCGGAUCUACUCGGCUCAAAAGCCUCUGAUUCUUGUUGACGGCGAAAGUCGAAAUAUGAACGUUGUUAAUGAGGUCAGCGAGUUGAUCAAUAUCACUGGCUGGCCGACGUGGACUUCAGCUUUUGGAAAGGGUCUUGUCAACGAAGAGUUGAACAAUGUACACGGCGUUUACCUGGCAAACUGCGGCGAUAAGAAGGCAUCCGAAUACUUUAAGGGAUCUGACCUGAUCCUCUUCUUUGGACCGCACAUGAGUAACAUCAACACUGGUAUCUUCACGGCGAUUCCGGACGAGGACGCGACAGUGUCUUUCUCCUUGGAUCAGAUCAAGAUCGCGAAGCAAGUCAUCCGAGACCAACCGCCUCGACCUUUUAUCCAAAAGCUUCUCAGCAAGAUUGAACCUUCGCGGCUCGCCAAGAUUGAUGUACCAACAUUCCUCAGCAAAUCUCACCCUGGCGAGCUUGAGCCGUCUGGUCAACUUACUCAAGAACUGUUUUACCCAUACAUCAAUUCCAUGUUCCGUCGCGGCGACACCAUCUUGACAGAGACAGGUACUGCUGCAGAAGGUGGGAAGGUUCUCAAACUCCCUGAGGGAUCACGCUUUUUUACAGCUGUCACGUGGUUAUCAAUUGGGUACAUGCUCCCCGCCACGCUUGGUGUCGCUCUGGCGCGUCGCGACAAAAACAGCCACGACAAGGAUACGGAGCGCACGAUCCUCUUUAUUGGAGACGGGAGUUUGCAAAUGACGGCCCAAGAAAUCAGCGUCAUGGUGAAAGAGAAGCUCAAUAUUGUGAUUUUUGUUAUUAACAAUAACGGAUACACAAUUGAGCGAGCCAUUCACGGUAGGAAGGAAGACUAUAACGAUAUCGCGCCGUGGAACUUUAAGCAUGCUUUGGGAUUAUUCGGGUAUAAUGAUGAAGAAUUGAAGACGAGAUACUUCUCUGCAAAAACAUGGGGAGAGUUGAAGACUGUGCUCGAUUCAGAGGCAAUCAAGCAAAAUGAUGGCGUCAAGAUGGUUGAAGUUUUUAUGGACCAGGAAGAUUGCACUGGAGAGUUGAGAGGGCUGUUGGAGAGGCAAAUAGCAAGAGAAGAAACGUCGAAAUAG